AUGGUCCACCUCAAGCCCCUCUUCUUGGCCCUGGCCGCCGUCUCGACCGUCGUCGCCAGACCUCCUUGCAGACCCGACACCACGGCGCCUACCCUAAGCACUACGACAACCGCAGCCGAAGAGACUACCAGCACCGAAACCUCUGCCACCGAAACCUCUGCCGCUGAAACGUCUACCACUGCCGUUUCUACCACAACCACCGCCGACGAUGAAACUUCUACCACUGCUGCCCCUACCACUACAACCACGGAGGCUGGUGUUUCCACCACAUCUACCGCUCCAGAGACCAACACCUCGGCCCCUGCUCCCGUCUGUGGCAUCACAGGCUAUUUCGUCCCUGGCCAUGCCCUGACCUACCUUUACUCUCCUGGAUACAAGCCUAGUGCCAAGGAGUGUCUCGAGGGGUGCGCUACUUACAGCGGCUGCGAGGUUAUUGCCUUCUACUACACCGGCAGCGACUUCGGCCGUUGCGAAUACUUCAAGGGACCUCUUAUUACCGAUGGCCAAUACACAGACUACAAGUGGUACGACGUCGGCUGCCUGGCUAACAUGUAA